UAUUUUGAAACGUGUUAUUGUUUCUGGCUUUACCUAGUAUCUAUAAGCAGCAUCGAUAUAACGUAUUUCAGACAUGAAAAACGGGUUCAGUGCAAACUGCUAUAGGUCUUUUAUAGCUAUACCGUCACUAGUAUAACCAGACGAGUUGGUGUGGUUAUAGCGGUGGAUGUGUAAGAUGCCUAUUUGAGCUGUAGGAUGCUGUACACUGAGGGCUGUGACAGUCUGCAGUCCAAUCGAAUAUUCAUUGCUGCAUAAAUGCAGCAGAUAAACUAAAGCUUUAAUAUUUCCGGUUGUGCACAAGAAGAUGAACGCUAAGUUACUGAAGAAAAGAAAAUCACCCAGAAAAAAGAAAACCAAAGAACUGACAAACUGUGAAAAAGAGCCAUUGCCAACAAAUGGUGAUGGCAUUAGGACUGACACAAAUGUAACCAAGACCUCUAAUGCCACUCGGGACUGUGCUAUGAACACCUGUCCUGAGGUCACACAGAUCAAACCAGAAGAGGGAGAGCUGGAAGCUUUGGGAGUCCUAACGGUGUCCUCUGAACAACACCAACAACAUCUGCAGCCUCAUCCUCCUGCUUUCAGAGCAUUCGUUCCUAAGACAGAACCAGACUGUUUCCCUUUAAACCCACCUAGUUUUCAGGUCAAAACUGAGCCUGGCAUUUUUGAGGUGCUGCAGAGAGAGUCUGCUUUGAUUGUGAAGGAGGAGAAUGACAGCUGGAAGGAAGUCAAGCUUGAGACGCUAGAUGAAAAUUCAGUGGGUGAUUCUUGCCUGGAGAAAAACACAGCUUCCUCCUCCCUGAUUUUUCCGUGUCCUCAUUGCUCUGUUACUUUCACUGACUUUACAUACUUGGAAAAACACCUCAAAUGGUGCCAUCGAAGCGAAUACCUAGCAUGGGUAAAAAAACACAAAGUCUACAACUGCUCUAAAAUAUCUUCCAGGAUGCUCAGCUGCUCAUCGUGCCACUAUCGGUUCUUUUCUCAAAGACAGCUGGAGACCCAUGUGCGCAAAGCCCACCUCCCUACACCCAAACCUAUCCGAAAACGCUACACCUGCCCACAGUGUGAUCGCAGCUUUGAUUACAUCGGCAACCUGAAAAACCACUGCCACAGAUGCCAUGGCUUAGCCACGGUGUGUAAAGAUGGACAAAUUAGCUGUGCUAAAUGUGGUCAAAGCUUUGCUGGAGUCUGGGGUCUCGGACCACAUUGCUGCCAUGAGGAGGAGAAGAAACCCAAGGUGGGUGUUGAGGAACCCAUUUGCAGGGACCGUGGCUAUCUGUGCCGAGACUGUGGCAAGAACUGCUCUACACUUCAGUGCCUGACGAUACACAAACGCAUUCAUACUGGCGAGAAGCCAUGCGUCUGCGAAGACUGCGGCCGUGGAUUUCAUGAUAUGGGGAGUCUGCGGAAUCACAAAGUCAUACAUACAGGAAUCCGGCCUUACGAGUGUCCCGAAUGUGGUAAAGCGUUCGCAAGGAUGGCCCACCUCAGAUGUCAUCUGCGAACCCACACGGGUGAAAGGCCGUACCCUUGCCCCCAGUGCGGGAUGAGAUUCAGCCACCGGUCGACGCUUCUCAUCCACCAACAAAUUCACUCCAAGGAAAAAACAUUUUCAUGCCCAGACUGUGGCAAGAUGUUCUCCGCUCUCAGGUACAUGAAGGUCCACCAAAGAGCGCACAACUCGGAGCGAAUUCUGCAGUGUGGAGAAUGCAUGAAGACGUUUUCACGGGAGGAUGUGCUUAAGAAACACCUACGCAUUCACACGGGUGAGCGGCCGUACCAGUGCAACGUCUGCACCAAACGUUUCAACCGCAUCUCGCACCUGAAAAUCCACAUGCGAACACACACCGGCGAGAAACCGUACUGCUGCGAGCAGUGUGGCUCCAGCUACGCUCAAUCCGGCGAUUUGACCAAACACAUGAGGAGACACACGGGGGAAAAACCCUUCGCCUGUUCUGACUGCGACCGCCGCUUCACCAACUCGGGCGACCUGAGCAAGCACAGGCGCAGUCACACGGGCCACAGGCCCUACAAGUGUACAGAGUGCGGGAAGAGUUUUCUCAUGCCCCAGCACCUGAAGAUACACAAAAUGACACACACGGGCGAGAGGCCAUACAGCUGCCCACAGUGUCUCCGCACUUUCACUCGCUCGCACCAUCUUUCUCAACACAUGGAAAAGCACAAAAUAAAGAUGGAUAGCUGAACUACUUCUGUCUAAUCUCAGUUUCAUUGAAGAAAAUGAAUUGGGAGUUCAUCGAUGAAUUGGAUAUCAGUUUACUUCCAACUAAACGUUACUGAAUCCAGAAGCAUAGUCUUCCUUUCUGGACUGACUGCCCUUAAAAGUUCUAACACUAUAGCUAUUUUGCAUGCUCUCGAUCGAUCGAAUAGAUUUAAUGCCUUACAAUUAUCGUUGUUAAUAUGAGUAGUAAAUCUGGCAAAUGAACUGUGCUUUAAAGUGUCUGUUUAAGGAACCGGCGUCGUCAUUAGCACAAAGUAAUAACUUAAAGCUCAUAUUUAACCAUUUAAAGACACUGUUGGCUCACAAGAAUGAAUAAAGAUGUGAGUUUUACUUCUGCUGUGGCUUAAUAAUAUUCUAUGAUUAUUAAUUUAAUAUUAAUCUGUGAGCUGUAUGAUGGAAGCGUUCAAGGGCUGCAUCAUCUAUAAUUUGAGGUCUUUUUCUCUGCUGUACAAAAGGCAUCUGCAAAUAUGAAUAAAAGAUAAAUGUAAAAUCAUUUGUAUUUCUGGUUCAACACUGUGUAGUGGUGAUUUUAGAGUUCCAUUAAUUCAAUUUUGUGUUAAUAUGACAUUAUGUACUGUUGCCUCGUUCAUUUUUAAUGAUAUUUUCAGAUGCCUUGUGUGCCACAAAAAAGCUAUUUUGUAUUUUCUAUCCUAAUGCUUUAUAGAGGCACUGUAAAUCUGUUGAAUUGCGUGUUGAAUUUUCACCAAGUAAGUACUGUAAUGGGUUGGUUAUUUUUCCGUUCAUUGUCGUAGUUGAUCAAUUUAAUGUUACUGUUCAAUGCCGAAGUAUUCUGAGGGUAAGAUCAUUUUAUUAUUAUUGUGUCUAGUUAAGUUGAAAUACUUUUACAUUUAUGCUUUGAAGCACUGGUGUUCCUGAUGUGAUAUAAAAAAAUGAGUAUGAAAGUGUAAGAUAUUUAAGUUCGUAAGUUUACUGUUUAUUUUGAAAUCGAUGAUGACCUCAAAUGAGUUGCGCUAAUAAAACUUAACCUAGCGCUCUCUUCAUUGUAUUUGCUUGAACUGUGCUUCUGAAACUGUAUUCUUCUUAUCUUAAAACAGUAAAUACAAAAUGCAAACCAUGGCCAUUUUGUCUAAACAAUUGUUUUUUUGUCUUUCCUUCUCAGCUUGUGCACAGGCAACCAAAGCGUCGUUGCAGUCUGUGCAAAUGCUCAAAGCCAAUAGAUGGAUCACUUGGUCAAAGGGCCCAAACAGGGUACGGACAGAAAUGACCAUUGGAGACAUGGUAACAUAGAAUGCCACACAAGAUGACGGAUUGACGACCAGAUGAGUCUAUGGAUGCUCUCACAUCAACGAACACGAAAAAGCAGAGCGAUCACAACAUAAAUAGACAGAUUGCAGGAUGGAUGAAUUGAUAGAUCUUUUAGAGAAGGUCAAACUUCUUUUCGCACACUCUCAAACCAUCGUGAAAAGAAGAGAAAUUGAUUGCUGCUCACAAAAGGGUUGAAAUGACCAAGAAAUUAUUUUUCUGGGCAAUGAACAUUGUGAGUGAGAGAGAGAGAGAGAGAGAGAGAGAGAGAGAAGGAGAGAGAAAGGGGGAAAAUGCCCAGCCUCUUUGUAAGAACUGUCUCAAAAGUAACUAUAGUCAUCUUCAAGAUGUUUCCAGUGUUCUGGUCAAAUGGCCACUCUACCAGACCAGAGUGGUUUUGAGUUUCGGUACCUCAUCUGAAGUUUGGCCUCCAACAUAGCCUUCACAUUUCGCCAAAGGAGGUGGUCAUGAUGUCAUCAUUUCACCUGUCAAGAGUCUGUCAAGGUUGCCUUGGAGACAACUGGCACCCGUGGAACCCUAGUGGCCCAUGGCACAAGCUUUCGAUUGUGGAUAUCACUGUUCCUCGAUUGAUGGAUGCCUCCAAUCCACACUAUAUUACCCUGCUGGGGUGACAAAGAAGACAUCUAACACUCCCACCCUUUCCCACAGUGCAAAUAAAGACAUCUAGGGGAAAAAAAUGAAUGCUUCUUUAAUCAUAUGACGUCUGUGUGCACCAAGCCGUUCAAACGGCGUGCCACUAAUGGACUGCUGAUGAAUAGACAAAGGGAACAACCAUCCACAGUGAGCAGAACAAAUAGGCCUCCAGCACAAAUGGAGAUGUAAGUGAACCCACUCACUCACGUUUGGAUAUGUAGAUUGGGGUUCAGAUGAUCACACCCGCAGACAGAGAUGAAUAUACAGGCUUGUGAGCGAAUAAACACAUCGAGCCUUAUUGUGAGCUCACCGAGAGGCCAUUACCACGAAUCCGUGUGCUAAUCAUAAUUAAUCACUUACUUAUUAAGCGUUAAUUGCGCUGCGCAAAUGUAUCCUCGCCCAGAAAUGCCCCGGUAUUGAAGUUGCUGGGCCUAGACAAGGCAAUAUUAAUUUAUUCUUACUUAUUAAUUUCCCUAAUUAAAACAACAAGACCUAGAUAU